UACGGUCACACUUUCGACGAAUCAGCUGAACAAUAAAAGUAUUUAAAAGUUAAUAACGAAAAGAACACGUAAAAGAAUGCAAACAUCCUGAUAAUAGGAUCCUUAAGAGGGUUGUGCCCAGUUCCAGUAUUUUGUUCCAAAACUUACCCAUUAUAGACUUUGGUCUUAACCAUGGUUCGCGUACUGUUCCUUCAUCCGGACUUGGGAAUCGGUGGAGCCGAGCGCCUGGUGGUAGAUGCCGCUUUGGCUCUCAAGGAGCGUGGUCACCAGGUCAGCUUUCUGACGAACCACCAUGACAGCACGCACUGCUUUAAGGAGACGGCGGACGGGAGCUUUCCUGUCCACGUCGUUGGCGACUGGCUGCCACGCAGGCUCUUCGGGAGAUUCUACGCGAUUUGCGCAUACCUGAGGAUGCUCUAUGCCGCCUUCUACGCCAGCUUCUUCAUGCCGCAGCGGGAGCAGGUGGAUGUGGUGGUCUGCGACCUGAUCUCCGUGUGCAUUCCCGUUCUGCGACUGGCUCGCCAUCGCCCGCGGGUUCUGUUCUACUGUCAUUUUCCAGAUCAACUCCUCAGCUCCAGGGAGGGCAUGCUAAAACGCUUGUACCGAAUGCCCAUCAACUGGCUGGAGGAGCACACCAUUGGACUGGCGGACAAGGUGCUGGUGAACUCUAAGUUUACGCUGCGCGUCUUUCAGGACACCUUCCGGCGGCUAAGCACAGUGCCAGACGUCCUGUAUCCGUCUCUCCACACCCAGUACUUUGACCAGAUGCGGCAAAAGCUGGAGCAGCGGGCAGCCCUGCUGGACGAGCAGCAGCCUGUACAUCCACGAGUGCCACGCAACGCCUUCAUCUACCUGGACAUCAAUAGGUACGAGCGAAAGAAGAACCAUGCCUUGGCUCUGCAUUCCCUGAGACUCUUGGGUGAUACGCUGCCCGCAUCGGAUUUCAAGCGCUGCCGCCUGAUCAUCGCCGGUGGCUACGAUACCCGCUGCCUGGAGAAUGUAGAGCACUUUGCGGAGCUGGAGGAACUCACUGAGAAGCUGAAGUUACAGGAUAAUGUGGUACUGCUGCAAUCCCCCACGGACGAGGAAAAGUGCCGCCUGCUCUUUGCCGCCCACUGUUUGCUCUACACGCCAGAAAACGAGCACUUUGGCAUCGUACCGCUGGAGGGUAUGUACUGCUCGAAGCCAGUGGUGGCUCUGAACAGCGGAGGACCCACGGAAACUGUGGUGAACACCUCGACGGGCUUCCUGUGCGAGAAGCAAGAGAAGAGCUUUGGCGCCGCCAUGCUCCAACUAUUCCGUGACGAACCGCUCCGCUUAAAGAUGGGCGACCAGGGUCAUAAGCGAGUCCAGCAGAAGUUCUCCUUCCAGGCGUUUGCAGACCGGCUUAACGAAAUUGUCCAGGAGCUACUUACCAUUCCAAAGUCGAGUGCCGCCAAGAAACGUGAAUAAAGUGCGAGUUGAAACGUGAAAAUUGUCUAUAUGGUAUACCAUUUUUAAUUACUCAUCCAGGGAGAAUCAAUUGAAUGAAAACGUGAAUCAUUACGUUAUUUAAAAGGUUCCAGUUCAUAGAAAAUAUUGAGUCACCUCUUUCAUCACUUUACUUA